UAUAAUUUAUAAGAAAUUUUAAAGGAGUAUUUUACAAGAUAAUCAAAACCGGACCAUACAAUAAACCGAUGUAGACAUUGUCCUUUAAAUGAGGAUGAUGGAGUAGCACAAUGGUCCACAUCCGUUGUUUUAUAUGUUUUAUGCGGAACUUGUGGCGAAGUUCUCUUCAUCGAGAAAGCAUAAACUGUAUCCGUCAGGUUUAACCUUAAUUUUAUUUAUACUCGGUUGUAGAACUUGUGGAAAAUUUCUCUUACCUGAGGUGGCAUAAACUGUAUUCGUUUUGGGAUGUAGGUUUUACCUAAAUUGUAUUUAUGCUCGGUUGUGGAACUUGUGGCAAAGUUCUUUUAUCCGAGAUGGCGUAUUACCUAAUUUAUGCUCGGUGGUUGAACUUGUGACGAAGUUCUCUUCUUUGUAUGAAUAUAAGCAUAACAAUUUUGUUUGAAUCUUAAUUAGAUUAUUAUAUUUGCAUGGUCCCCUUACACCCCCGAAGUCAUAUCUUCGUUAGAUUAUAAGUGAAGACUUUAAGUGUUAUUUUACUUUGGGGAUCUAGAUGUGAUCGUUCUAAUCAUUACGCGAGGGCCAAAAAGAUGUAGUUCUGGACGUUUGUUCAAAGAUGUAAUUCAAACAAAAAAUGGUGGAUGAAGAAAUUGGGGUUCCGCCUUACAUAUCAGACGGUGAUGUAGAAAUUGGUAGCUAGUAUAUCGAGGAACGAGUAAUUAUGUCGAAUAGAUUUCACUUGUCUGAUUCUUAGUUUUGAGCUUCUGUGGGAAACCCUCGAUGGUGGAACUUGUUGUGGUAAAGUUCUCUUUCCCGAGGAGGCGUAAACUAUAUCCGUCGUGGGAUGUAGGUUUUACCUAAUUUUUUGUUGGUCAUUGUUAUACCAACUAAGAGCACGAGCUCAGAGGAAGAAUUUUGUUAUCUGAAUUCAAAGUAGCUGUUAAGUUUGUUUAGCUUUGUUGUUUCGAUUCCUUUUCUUGUUUGGCAGCCUGCAAAUACUAAUUUCAUUGCAAACAAAUAAUACAUAGAUUUUAUCAUAGAUAUUAGAUAUUGAUAACAAAGAGUUGUGACUCCUCUGCUUCAUUUAAUUUGCAAAAUUCUCUACACCUUCUGCAAUUUUGUAUGCUUUGUGAAAUAUGAGAGCUGAACCGACAAUGAUGUUGGUGUUGUCGGAUUGGUGCGUAGAAGCAUUCAUUGCGACAGUGUGAAGGUGAUCACUGUGUUAAUUAAUCAACCUAUAAAUUUUUUGAAGAGAACUAGAUGCUCUCAUGUUUAACAACUAGAGAUGUAAAAUCCUUCAAUCGAAAAGAAUUUAUUGAGCUAGAUGCAUUUAAAGUUAAUAUACUUAAAAGUAUUAAGAACUUGUACCGAGGGCUGGCCACCAUUCUUUUUGAAGUGAUAACAUCUACUCGCAUAGUGAAGUGAUGUGUCAUACUGUCGACCACAACUCUUCUUUGAAAGCGUUGAUGAUCUAAUCUGCUAUGAUGUUAGAAUAUUAACACAAAUAUUUAAAAGCACAUUAUCGUUGUUUGUCACAGAGGAAGAUGAAGGUGAUCAAUUCGUUUCAGUGACGAAAUCUAUUGAUGCUGGUAUAUCUAGACCGGUGCAUUGAAACACCUGUAGAUCCUGUGUUGUUGUUGCGAUAUAUACAAUGAUGAAUGAGCAGAAAGUCCACAAAAGGAGUUAUAUCCUAAAGGGUUUGUCAAUUUUAGUAUCAAUAAAUAAUGAUCAACCCUUAAGUGUAUCAGAGCUUGGCCUACUAUGAUGUAAAGCAAGCAAAGUUUGUAUCUUCAUGCUUUCCUUUUGAGUUUCUAGCUUUAUUUGAUCAGGCUAUGAUUAUCUAGAUAACUUAUAACUCCUGCAAAAUUGUUUUUGAGCUGAUCGUAUGUAUAAAGUACACCUUGCUAGUGAAACAAGAUCAUAUGUGUUAUAUGUAUAAUGAUAUGAAAAUUGUAGUCUCUUGUAAAUGAGUCCAUCAGCCUGUGCAAUCUUUUGUACAGGGCAAGCAAACCAAACAUCAAGUCAAUUAUGCAUAAUGAUAAUUGUGUUUGAUUCUUGCGUGGUAAGUAGCAAUUUCAUGCAAAUGAAUUCAACUUAAUUGUUCAAGCUGGAACUUCAUUGAAUAUUGAGCACUAAUAUUAUUAAGAUAACAUGUUUAGAAUUGUUAAGAAAUAUUCAGAACCUGAACCGACGAUGAAGUUGGUGACGCAUGGUCGUUGGUUGACUUAGAAUUAGAUUAUUUACAAGAGAUGAAGAGGAAUAUGGCGAUAAAUGUUUGUGAGUCGUCACACUUAUCAGCUCCUGAUUCUCUUUUUACCGAACAUCCUGCAGCUUCAGACUCUAUCUUGUGGAAAACUGGCAAUAACCAAUUUCAGAUGCAACCAAGAUAGAGUCGUGCGUGCGAGCCAUGUGGAUUUCAAAAUUUCUUUGAGCGACUCCUCGUGUGGGAGUAUUGAUGUGGCAGACUGGCAGUAGCAUUUUCUGAACAAAACAAAAUGUUAAGAGAACAUGAUUUUGUAUUGCUCGAAUACAGCGCUGGAAAAGGUAGUGAUGUUUGCAAUUAAUCACUUGGUCAUGUGAGAAAAAAACUGAGGUUGUUGCACACUACUAAAAAAUAACCACCAAACAAUUAGCCAAUUAGAUUAGGCAAACACUGUAAAAUAAACAAAAAUGGUUUACAAGAGACAUCAGAACAGCAAGGGUUAGAUUGAGAUUGAGAAGAGAAGAGAAUCAUGGAGUAAGAAUAAGCAUCAACUCCCGAUUCACAUACAUCUCCAUCUACCGGUGUCAACCACAAGUCCACAACCACAACCACACCUACAACCACCGCCUCUAAUAUGCUGUCGAAACUGUUGCAACUGCAACUUCACAGAGACGAUUUCCAUCUCUCUGGCACCACAACUGAAUCAGUCAUGCAUUCCAACUCAAGUUUGUAUCGGUUGGAUUUGAUGAUUCUGUUAAGGAUGAGAUAGAUUGAAUUCGGUGUCGCUUUCCUUGGGAUAGCAGCAGCGAGGGUGGCGUGUUACUGGAGACGGUGCAAAUGAAAAAUUGUUAUCCAUUUCAAGUGAUGGUUUGUUAUAUCAAGGUUCAAGAGGCGCAGUCGCAGAAGAACCUCGUGAAUUCAACAAUGGCCAGGAUCAAAGUUCACGAGUUGAGGCAGAAGACCAAAGCUGAUCUAUUGGCUCAGCUCAAAGACCUCAAAGCUGAACUAGCUUUGCUCCGUGUUGCUAAGGCCACUCGGGCUGCACCCAACAAUCUCUCCAAAAUUAAGGAGGUAAGGUUGUCGAUUGCUCAGGUUUUGACAGUGAUUUCCCAGAAGCGGAAAGCUGCAUUGAGGGAAGUUUACAAGAACAAGAAGUAUUUGCCAAUUGAUCUCCGCCCAAAGAAGACCAGGGCCGUUCGCAGGAGGCUCACCAAGCAUCAGUCCUCAUUGAAGACCGAGAUGGAAAAGAAAAAGGAGACAUAUUUCACAAUGAGGAAAUAUGCUAUCAAGGCAUAGGAUUGUAGAUAGUCAUGCCACUUAUAGGCACCUUUCUAUUGGAGCAAAUUGAGACGAAAAACUUUUCUGCAUUUGAUGUAAUAGGAUAUCACUUUUGAAUAAGUCAAUCAAGCUUCAAGUCCAAGGGGUGUGAAGACUUACAAAAGCUCUUUAAUUAAAGUUGCUGAUAUUUAUGUUGU